AUGAAGCUCCUGUCCGUCUUCUCAGCACUCAUGACCUCGACGUUUGCCACGAAUGUUUCGACGGUCUACCAGUUCCCCAACGGCACAUGGGCCGAAAACAUCGCUACAAUGGGCAACGGCUCCCUUCUCGUGACAACCCUCGACACUGCUCAAGUGCUUAUCGUCCACCCUCAAGGCUCGCCUGCAAGCUCUUCCGUCAUCGCCACCUUUCCGAAUGCAACCGGCGCCCUAGGAAUUACCGAGUUCCAGGAGGAUGUCUUCGCUGUGAUCGUUGCGAAGCUAGUCCCCGGAAACGCGACGAAUCCACAGAGCUUUUCGUUGUGGAAACUUGAUAUGACUGCCAGGGAUGAGGGAGUCAAGGUCAGCAAGAUGUCUGAACUGUCUGAAAUGGCUAUGCCUAAUGGCAUGGCGGCAUUGAAUCACGAAAUGUUGCUGUUGGCAGAUUCGAUGUAUGGAAACGUUGCUGCGUACAACGUCAGCACUGGAAGAACGGAAGUAGUUCUCGAGGAUCCUAGCUUAGCAGCCAACCUCUCGGCACCUGGCCUACAACUUGGUGCCAACGGGAUCAAAUUCCACAACGACUACGUAUACUACACCAACACCGCCCAGGCUCUGGCUGGCCGCGUUCGAGUCCACCCAUCUACUGGCAGACCCAACGGCUUUUUCGAAACCGCGCGCGACGCAACCUUCAGCGGUCCUGACGAUUUUGCAGUUGCGAAGGAUGGCACACCUUUAGGCGACAAAAUCCAUCACAUCGAGCUGAAUGGCAAAGUUACGACUAUCGCUGAAGGUGGAUUGGUGGCGGGCUCUACGUCGUCGACAUUCGGAAGAACGGAGAAAGACAACAGUACCCUUUAUGUGUCUACUAUGGGUGGCUUUGGAACGGAUGGAACAGCGAAGGCUGGUGGGAGGGUUAUUGCGGUAAAGCUGCAUUAG